CAAGCGUUCCGGUCUCUUAGCAACCCGAAGAGAUGCAUUAUGGGUUUAAGGGUAUAGGCCUUCACAGUUGUUAGCACCAAGCGUCUUUCCUCUUGAAAUCUUCUCCAUCUCUCGCCCAUCUUCCUCGGAAAAAAAAGAGAACGAAGAAGCUUCGCUGAUGGGAGGGAGAUUAGCCGGGCAGUGAAGACAGCAGGACGCCCCACUCAUUCCGCAUAUACCUGCCAUAGCUGUCAAUCGUGUAGCUUAAAAAAAGAAUUAGAAUUGUUUUACGUUUCUGGUUUUCUCGGGAUUUUUUAAACAGAUACUGUUAACCUGAGUACUAGUUUUAGCUCCCGACUGUAAACGGCCCAGCCAUUUGUUAAGGUUAAAAUGAUGAAAAAUGUUCACCUGGCACCCGAAGCAGAUGAAGAUGAUCUUUACUCUGGUUACAAUGAUUAUAACCCCACUUUUGACACAGAGGAUUUAGAGAAUGAUCCAGCUUUUCAGCAGGCUGUAAAAACAAGUCAUGGUAGAAGACCUCCACUUACAGCCAAAGUUCCAGGUACAUCUAGUACACGGACUUUAGCUACUGGAUAUGGGUCAAAGACAACACUCUCUUCAUCAAUUGGCAGACCAAUGACAGCAACAACACAGGAUGGGGUUGCUCGACCUAUGACAGCAGUACAGGCAGCAGGUUUUACCAAAGCAGCUUCACGAGGUUCUGCAUUUGAUCCUCUUGGUCAAGCAAGGGGCCCAGCUCCUCCCCUAGAAGCUAAAAAUGAAGAUAGUCCUGAAGGAAAGAUUAAACAACUGGAAAAAAAAGUAAAUGAGUUGGUUGAAGAAAGCUGCAUUGCACACAGUUGUGGAGAUUUAAAAUUGGCUCUUGAGAAGGCAAAAGAUGCUGGACGAAAAGAAAGAGCAUUAGUAAGACAACGUGAACAGACCAUGUCUCCUGCCAACAUCAACUUAGAUCUUACGUAUACUGUGCUCUUCAAUUUGGCCAGCCAAUAUUCUGCUAAUGAAAUGUAUGCUGAAGCACUAAAUACCUAUCAAGUUAUAGUGAAAAACAAGAUGUUUGUCAAUGGAGGCAUGCUAAAGGUGAACAUGGCAAACAUUUAUUUGAAACAGAGAAACUAUUCAAAAGCGAUCAAAUUCUACCGAAUGGCUUUAGAUCAGAUUGCAAGUGUCCAUAAAGAAAUGAGGAUUAAGAUAAUGCAGAACAUUGGAAUUGCUUUUAUUAAAACUGGCCAAUAUUCUGAUGCCAUUAGUUCAUUUGAGCACAUUAUGAGCACAUCACCAAACCUGAAAGCAGGCUUCAACUUGAUCCUCUGCUAUUUUGCUACGGGAGACAGAGAACAGAUGAAAAAAGCCUUCCAAAAAUUGAUUGCAGUUCCGCUAGAAAUUGAUGAUGAUGAUAAAUAUAUUUCACAAGGAGAUGAUGCACAUACAAACUUACUAAUAGAAGCUAUUAAAAAUGACAGCUUGCGGCAAAUGGAGCGUGAAAGGAAAACUACAGCAGAAAAGUAUAUCAUGACAGCUGCUAAAUUAAUUGCACCAGCAAUUGAAACAUCAUUUGCAGUAGGCUAUGACUGGUGUGUAGAAGUAGUAAAAGCUUCCCAGUAUGUGGAGUUAGCCAAUGACCUGGAAAUCAAUAAAGCAAUUACAUAUUUGAGGCAAAAGGAUUUUAAUCAGGCUGUGGAGACUUUGAAAAUGUUUGAAAAAAAGGAUAGCAGAGUUAAAAGUGCAGCUGCAACAAACCUUUCAUUUCUUUAUUUCCUGGAAAAUGAAUUUACACAGGCAAGCAUAUAUGCAGAUUUAGCAGUAAGUUCUGAUAGAUAUAACCCAGCUGCUCUCACAAAUAAAGGAAAUACCAUUUUUGUAAAUGGAGACUAUGAGAAGGCGGCAGAGUUUUAUAAGGAAUCUCUAAGGAAUGAUUCUUCAUGCACUGAAGCACUUUAUAAUAUUGGUUUAGCAUAUAAAAAGCUGAACAGGUUAGAUGAGGCAUUAGAUUGUUUUUUGAAGCUACACGCUAUCCUCCGAAACAGUGCCCAAGUUCUCUUCCAAAUUGCAAGCAUAUAUGAAUUGAUGGAGGAUCUCAAUCAAGCCAUUGAGUGGCUUAUGCAACUCAUCAGUGUUAUUCCAACAGACUCACAUGCAUUAGCAAAGCUUGGAGAACUCUAUGAUAAUGAAGGAGAUAAAUCACAAGCUUUUCAGUACUACUACGAGUCCUACCGGUAUUUCCCUUCAAACAUUGAGGUCAUUGAAUGGCUUGGAGCCUAUUACAUUGACACACAAUUUUGUGAAAAAGCUAUUCACUACUUUGAAAGAGCAGCACUUAUUCAACCAACUCAAGUGAAAUGGCAAUUGAUGGUUGCUAGUUGUUACAGAAGAAGCGGGAACUACCAGAAAGCACUGGAUACAUACAAGAUGAUUCACAGAAAGUUUCCAGACAAUGCUGAAUGUUUACGCUUUUUGGUCCGACUCUGCACAGACAUGGGACUGAAAGAAACCCAAGAAUAUGCAACAAAACUUAAGAGAGUGGAAAAAUUGAAAGAAAUGAGAGAACAGCGUGUCAAGUCUGGCAGAGAUGGUAGUGCUCGUGCCCGCAGAGAAGGCAGUGCUUCCGGAGCCGCCUCUUCUCCUGAAAGUAGGCAUAGUCCAGUUUUGGAAGUGGUAAGAGAUCCUGGUAGCAUCACUGUUAAAGGAGAGCGUCUGAGUGCUAAACUGAGAUCUUUGCCAGGGUCUAAUGAGCCGUAUGAAAGCAGUAACAGCAAAGAAAUAGAUGCUUCCUAUCUUGACCCCCUUGGACCACAGGUCGAGAGACCAAAAACUGCACUAAGGAAAAAAAUGGAUGAAGACGAAUUUGCUGAUGAAGAACUGGGAGAUGAUUUGCUUCCAGAAUAACUUGAAGUCCAGUUUAGUAAUUUUAGAAGAAAAAGAAAGCAAAUGUUUCAAAUAGCUUUUGAUACAGUUAUGAGAAUUCCUGUAUUUAUUUUAGUAACAUGUAUAUGAAGUGUGGAUUUUAAAUAAAU